AUGACAACCCCCUUAGCGCAGGCGCGCGCACCGUACUGCGCACUCACUGCGCGCGCACACGGUGCCGUUGUUCCGCCAGAAGUCUCCGCUCAGACAUGCGCACCGGGUUUGCGCAGCGGAGGAUUGCCGGCCCUCCCCGCGCGUGCCGUCUGCUCGGCGCGUGCUGGGGUGUCGCGGUCGUGGGAACGAAUUGCGGCGCGGCGCGUCAGGGCGCAUGAUGGGCGGAUAAGCGCAACUGCGGGAGAGAGGCAGAGAGGCGGGAGCGCGCAGCAGGAGAAGGGCGGAAGGACUGGCGGAAAGGAUGGGUUGAAAGCGGGAGAGGGGAAGGGGAAGGGGAAGGGUAUGGGGGAGGGCAGGUACCGGGGGGGAGGGGCGGCGGAGAGACAGACCCUGAGGGGGCUGAUUGCGCUUGAGCGGGAGCUGCAAAGGGGAAGGCAGGGGGAGAUUACGCAAGGGGCGGCGGAGGGGGAUGGCACGCGCGGAGGGCAGGGGGAGGAGAAGUGGAAGCGGCGGGUUAUGCUGCUGCGGUGCGACCUGAGUGACCUGGUGGCGGGGGGGAGUGCGGGGAAUGGGGGAAAGGGGGAGGCAGAGGGGGGAGCGGAGGGGGAGGGGGAGGGGGUAGCGGAGGGGAAGGGGGAGGGGGAGGAGAACGAGGUGCGGAGUGUGGGCAGUUUGAGACUGAUACUGCGCGAGUGGGCACGGAAAUAUGCUCUGGUGGUGGUGGUGGCGGGAGAGUGGGCGCCUGACACGGCCUCUCAACCUGCUGUCGCUGCCCUGCUAUCCGCGGCAUGCGGCCUGUCCCAGUCCCAGCCUGUCCAGGUCGCACCUCUGCACUUCGCCCCUCUCCUGUCACCUCCACCACCAACAACCCCCAGCACCACUACUCCCACCCCUCACCCUGCAACCACCCCCAACUCGCCCUCACGCCCACGCCACUCCCCUCCCCUCGCGCCCCCCCCUCCUCACGUCCUGCUGCUGCCCAACCUCCGCCACGUGUCAUCCACCGAUGCCGCCAACUCACCCACCCUAGCUGCCACGCUGGCAGGCGUGGCAGAAGAACCCGACAGUGCAUCAGUGCAGCAGGAGCUACCAAACCCAACCGAUCGCCCUGGGACAGAAAUGGCAGCGCAGCAGCAGUUAGGGGACCUAACCUGGGCAGGGCAGGAGAGGCUACAAGAACCGACCACCACGCUCCCCUCCCCCGCUUCCCACACAUUCCGAGCAUCCCCCGUCCCGGUGGUAGAUCUAGUGGUGCUGGACGCGCCUUCUGCGUGCCAUCGCGUGCUGGCGUCGUGCGUGGGCGUGGCAGCAGUGGUGGGCAGGGCUGUUGCUGGGGUCCGGGUGGAGAGAGAGCUUAUGGGGGUGCUAGAGGACUUGGCGGACGUAGGGGGAGUGGGGGGCGUGGGGGGUGUGGGACACGUGGAGGUGACGGCGGAAAGGGGGGCUGGAGAGGUGAGUGGUAGUGAGGGGCGCAGUGCAGUGGUGGCAGUGGUGGGAGUGGUGGGAGUGGCAAGCAUGGGUCGCAGUGGUGCGUUGAUCCGCGCCCUGCUGCCUCGAUGCAAUGCCCUCGUGCUCUCUGGCCCCGAGCUACCUGCCCUCCUCGCUGCUGCUAAUGCUCGUACUGCUGCUGGUUCAGGUGGUUGUGGGUUCCACCUUGCCUGCCUGCCCGAUUUUCCUACUCUUGCCACACUGCACUGCAGUGAUCCAGCAGCAGCACAUAGUGAAUCAGAUGGAGCUGAGACAGCAGAAAGAGGGGAGACAGCGGGUCCACGUACGAACAUCGCGUCCCUCCUAGCUGCUCUCCCCCGGCCUUCACCACAAGCCGUGGCGGAAGCCUCUGCUUUCCUCUCCUCGCUGCCCUCUCCCCUCCUCUCCCGCCUCGUGCUGCCCCUUGCUGUGCGUGCGACUGUCUUCUGGGCGGGCUCCAUCUCUCCGCAGCCACCACGGCCGAGCACCCGUGCAUCAACGCAUGGGGCGCACAGGGCGCAAGGGGCGAGUGGGUCAGAGCAUGGGCUGGAGGAGAAAGGGUCGCAUGCACUGCCUUGUGCUGACUCUGCUCUGCUUGCCCGUCUCACCACCACACCCACCAGCAAAAGCAGCGGCGCCAGCAGUCCUUCGCCUGCCUCCACCACUGCCACCCUUGCUGCUGCUCCUACUACUGCCACUGCUGCUCAAAUGGGCCGGUCAAAACUCAUAGUGGCUGGGCGGCAGCUGCAGCAGGUGCUGGGGCGGCAGUUACGGCAGCAUAAGGAGAUGGUGGAGGGGAAGGGGAGGAGAGAUGGGGAUGGGGAGGGGGGCAGGGAGUGUGUGGUGGUGGAUGGAGGGACGGCUCUGCUUCGUGGACUCCAAGGGAUGCCUCUUCCUGGCGUUGACUGCCUUGACUUUGUGCCACUGCCACCUCCCAAUUGGUCCACAGUCUUCCUUGAUCCCUCGUUGCCCCUUACUGUUGACAUCGGCUGUGGCAACGGGCGCUUCUGUCGCAGCAUGGCGGUGCGGUUCAGAGAGUCAAGGAACUUUCUUGGGGUGGAGAUCAACCCGCAUCUGGUGAAGAAGGCGCUCUCUAUGGCUGUCAGCUCUCCCGCACCGCAUGCCUCACACAGGCCCACCUCUGUCAGGGACAUUCCCGGGCAGCGCAGGGAGCACGCACCAAGCAACGUGUGGUUCAUCCAUGCCAAUGCCACCACGUCUCUGCACUCGCUGCUAGUCGGCUACCCUGGCCCCAUCAACCUCAUCACCAUCCAGUGCCCGGACCCUGACUUCGCAGCCAGCAGGAGAGCGCAGGAGAGGGGCACAGCACACGUGCACCGGUGGGGCAUGCUCACCCCUGCCCUCGUGCACGCCAUGCUUGCCCUGCUGCACCCCCCGGGCAAGUCUGAGAAUGUUGACCGCGUUGUUGCCAGGGUUUUAAAAGUGAAGAAGAAAAAGAAAAAGUCGACGUCUAAGACCGCGAAAGCAGCGGCGAUUGCGGAGGACGAGGAAGGAAUCUCGGCCGAAGCGGAGAGAGGAGCGGCGGACGAUGCGGCCGACGCGGAAGUCGCGCGAGACGAGGAGGCGGCUCGAGUGGUUAAGAAGAAGAAGACGACAAAGAAAGCGAAGAAAACGAAGAAGACGGGAAGCAAGAAGGCUGUCGAUUCUGUGAGGGAAGCGGAGGGGGAAGAGGAGGCGGAGGGGGGAGAGGUUGAUGAUACGGGGACGGGAGCGGGUAGGACGAGCGGAAAAAGGGGAAGCCCAAAUGGCGAGGACGGGGAAGGCUUCUCCGCAGUGGAUAAGGCGAUGGCGGAGGCGGAAGCGGUGAUUGCGGGGAAGGGGGAAGAUGCCGAGGACGGGGACAGUGAGAGGGAGGGGGAGCGAACGAAAAGAAUCAAGGGGAAGAAAAGUGAGGUGAGGGAGGCGGACGGUGGGGAGGAGGGGAGUGAUGAGGAGGAAGGUGGAGAGGAUGCGGUAAUGACCAAGUCAAGCAAGUCAAAAAAAUCAAGCAAGUCAACAAGGGCAGCACGGGGGAAAGAGGUUGAAGGGGAGCAGCAGGAGGCGGAAGGCGAGGAGGGUGAAGGGGGUGAGCGGAGUGAGGGGAAUGAGCGGGGAGCAGCGGAUGCAACGAGCAGCAGAAAGAAAAAGAACAAGUCGAAGAAGCAAUCGGAGGAGGAGGAUGGGGAGGGGGAAGGGGGUGGUAAGGAGAAGGGGGAAGCAGGAGCAGCGCGGGCUGCUGGGGACGAGGAGGAAGGGGGGCCGGGUGGGGAGGGCGAGAGCACGACAGAGAGCACGACGAAACGCAGCAGCGAGGACAAGGACGAGGGCGGGAGUGAGGGCGGGAGCGCGGAGAGAGAGGCAGCAGACGGAGCAGCAGCAGCAGAUGCGGGAACAGGAGAAAGCGGGGGAAAGGGGGGAGGCGGGGGGGGAGGCGGAGGAGGGGGAGGCGGAGGGGAAAAGGGAGGCGGAGGAGGGGAGGGAGCGGGAGAGGAGGUGCAGGUGGCGUUCACGGGGCCACAGGACGUGAUGGACGUGCCAGUGGACGAGGAGAUGGUCUCCGUUGACCUCUCUGACAUCCCCCCUGAACCCCCCCAGCCCACCAACGCCGCUGAUUCAGAUGCUGCUGAUGCUAUUGGUGCGGCAGGGAAUGAGCCACAGGGGGGCGCUGAGGAGUCAAUUACCGGUGGUGCUGACGGUGGUGCCGCCUCUGCUGGGGAAGGUUUUGGGAAAGCUGCGGCGGCUACAGGUGGGGAUGCAGAGCAGGAAGCGGGGUUCCUCUCCCGCUGGGUCAUCGCGCCCCUGGCUGCAACCCUGGAACCCAUUCUCGCCCCUCUCUACCCCCUCACAUCCCUCUUCCUCUCGCCCGGGCAAACUGUGCUCCUUGCUGCUGCACUCGCACUGCUCGCCUGCUGCUGCUGCUGCCUCUGCUGCUGCCGCUCCCUCUCCCGCCUCGUGAGUACCAGCCGUGGGCCAGCAACAGGGGGCAGCGGCAGCUGGUUCAGCGGGAGGCACGGGCCAGGUGCGGCGUACUCUGAGGUGGCUCAGCAGGAGGUGGAUUUGUCUGUUGCGUUUGGACAGCAGAUCCCGGGAGGAGGGAAGCAGGGAGGGGGAGGGCAGGGAGGGGUGCGGGGAGAAGCUGGAAGGAGCAGGGCAGACGGUGGGUCGGAGUGGGAUGAGUGGGACGAGGAAUGGGGGGGUGCGAGAGGGGAGGCGGGAGGAGGGAGGGAGAAGAGGGUGGGGAGCGUGGGAAGUGGGGGAAGGGGAGUGGGUAGCGGGGAUGGGUGUAGUUCAGGGGAGGGAGGAGGUAGGGGGGUGAGGAAAGGGGGGAAGCUGGUUGUGAGCAAGGGGACAGGGGCAGCUGGCAAGGAAGGGUGGAAAUCAUGA